GAAUCGCAUUGAUGGGUAGAAGCUAAACCCUGCCAUGGCGAUCGCAUACCCGAAGGAGCAGAAGAAGAAGAAGAUGGACCCCAGAUUUUGGUGGCCGAUCCUCCUCGCCUUCGCCAUGGCCUCCGCCGGAGCUCGAUCUCAGUCCACCGACGCCCUCGGCUUCCUCUCCAUCGACUGUGGCAUCGAGCCCGGUUCCUCCUACGUCGACCCCCUCUCCAACAUCUCCUACGUCUCCGACGCCGGCUUCAUCGACACCGGCGUCAACCGCAACAUCUCCGUCGCCUACGUGGGCGACGUCAAGCCCCGGCGGUACCUCACCCUCCGAGCCUUCCCCAAUGGAACCCGCAACUGCUACACCAUCGGGUCGCCGGCGGUGGUGCGAGGGUCCAAGUACCUCCUCCGGGCGUGGUUCUUCUACGGCAACUACGACGGGCUAGGCGGACAGCCGCAGUCCUUCGACCUCCACCUCGGCGUCAACUACUGGGACAGGGUGAACGUGACCACCGCGGAGUCAGCCUACAAGCCAGAGACCAUUGUGGUGGCCACUUCCGGGUAUUUGUCGGUGUGCCUGGUGAACACCGGCAUGGGGACGCCGUUCAUCUCGGGGAUCGACUUGCGGCCGCUGAUGGACAGACUGUACCCGAUGGCGAACGAGCUGCAGAGUUUGGUUCUGUCCUCCCGGUACAACAUGGGAGAGGAAUCUGAAGUAAUCAGGUAUCCGAAAGACCCGAUCGAUCGGGUGUGGACGCCAUUUAGCUCCUCGGGGUGGAACUGGAACGACGUCUCCACCAACUCCACCGUCCGAAACCUUCCCCAGGGCUCCUUCCAAGUUCCCUCCGUCGUCAUGCAGACCGCCGUCACGCCCAUCAACUCCUCCAGCAUCGUCCUUCCAUGGGAUCCCUUCCCGGGCGACGUCAACCAGUUCUUCCCCAUCCUCCACAUAUCCGAGAUCUUUGACCUCUCCGGUACCAAUCAAUCGCGGCAGUUCAACAUCUACGUGAAUGGAUUCCCGUUGCUGGGGGAUAUAAUGGCCCCCGAUUACCUCAAAUCGGACUCCGUCUACAGCCACCUGCCCAUUUCGUUCCCAACCUAUAACAUCUCCCUCGUGGCUCUUAGCAACUCCACUCUGCCGCCCAUCCUCAAUGCCUUCGAGCUAUACGUGACCAUGAGCAACGCCUCCGUACCCUCGGAUGAUGGAGAUGUUGAUGCCAUGACAGCGAUCAAGGAGAGGUAUCGGAUCCAGAGGAAUUGGAUGGGAGAUCCAUGUUCCCCUAAUGCUUUUGUUUGGGAUGGACUAAAUUGUACUUAUAGCUUCUCAAAUUCUCCAAGAGUCACUUCUUUGAACCUGUCAUCAUGUGGGUUGACUGGGGAAAUAACCAAAUCUAUUGCCAGUCUUAGUGCACUUCAAUACUUGGACUUGUCUUACAACAAUUUAACGGGGCCAAUACCUGGUGCUCUAGCAAACUUAACUUCUCUUAAACUACUUGAUUUGAGAGGCAACCAGUUAAAUGGAUCAGUUCCUUCGAACCUCCUUGAAAUGGCACAAAAUGGGUUACUUACCUUAAGACUGGAUGGGAAUUCACAUCUUGUUAACAAUGAUACAUCGUGCAAUGUGAUGCCUGAACCAAAAAAGAAGAAAAUAUCAACACCGGUGGUCGUGAUUCUUUGUAUAUUUCCGGUGGUAAUACUUCUUGCGCUGAUAGCCAUAGUUUGGAGAGUGAGGAAAACACAAGGUUUGAGAAGAGGCGGCUCAGUGGAUCCACAGAAUGGUUUCCUAAAGCAAACAGAUAAUGCAUUGCAGCUUGAAAAUCGCCAAUUCACAUACAUGGAAUUACAGAACAUCACUAAUAACUUUCAAAAGAUCCUAGGCAAAGGAGGAUUUGGGUCUGUUUUCCAUGGACAUUUGGAAGACGGUACUCAAGUUGCGGUCAAAUUGCUAUCACAAUCAUCAUCACAAGGAACUAAAGAGUUUCUUGCUGAGGCCCAACACUUGGCUAGGGUUCAUCAUCGGAAUUUAGUUUCUUUGGUUGGCUAUUGCAAUGAAGUAAAUCAUUUGGCCCUUGUCUAUGAGUUUAUGUCUCAAGGAACACUACAAGAUCAUCUGCGAGGUAGGGCAAACAGUGCUAGGGCUUUAAGUUGGAGGCAACGUCUUCAGAUGGCAAUUGACUCUGCACGAGGGCUAGAGUAUUUGCACAAAGGAUGCAAACCACCAUUAGUUCAUAGAGAUGUGAAGUCAGGAAAUAUCCUUUUGAGUGAAACUCUAGAAGCUAAGUUAGCAGAUUUUGGGCUUUCGAAAGCUUUUCUAAGUGAGACGAACAGUCACAUAUCCACUGUAGUGAUGGGAACUCCUGGAUACCUUGAUCCUGAGUAUUACAAUACCUCCCAGCUUAGCGAGCAAAGUGAUGUAUAUAGUUUCGGAGUGGUUCUUUUGGAACUUAUCACUGGGCUACCUCCAAUAGUUCCAGGUACAGAAAAUGUACUCCUAACUCAAUGGGUGCUCCAAAGGCUUGCCAGAGGAAACAUUGAGGAUGUUGUAGAUCCUAGAUUGGAAGGAGAGUAUGACAUAAACUGUGUCUGGAAGUGUGCUGAUAUCGCGUUGAAAUGCACUGCACAAAGGUCCCAACAACGGCCAAACAUGACAGAAGUUGUGAUGCAGCUAAAAGAGAGUUUAGAACUAGAGAACUCUCAAGAUAAUACUGUGAACACAUUCACACGCAGUGAGAAUCCAUACUCAGAAGUAAACAAUGUGAGCCUGAACAGUGCUCCUGAGAUAGGUGUGUCUAGAAUGAUUGAGAUUUCUGGACCAACGGCGAGAUAAAAAAGAGUAUGCUCGACUCUUCCUUCGUAAAACCAUGUCAUAAUGGUUGUUAAGUUUCAAAAUGUCUUUUGCUUCAAAUUCAUUAUUGUGUAGCUUUUUACAUGUUAUUACUUGUGUGAAUGGAAAAUAAUAGUUGGACUGUAGAUGAUACUUUUAUUUUCUAUGGUAAAAAUUAUUGUAAUUAUAUUUCAUCUUGAAACAAGCAUCUUGUAUUUUUUGACAA